AUUUGGAGACAAGCACUGAGGAUGAGGAACUGAUGGAAAAGUAUGGAGAUGUUGGAAAUGCAGAAUCUAAGUGGCCAAAAGUGGAAGGUCUUCAUGAGGAUUCUGUGCGGGAAUCUAAGGUUGGUGACAUGCGUGAUUGGGAUAGCAAGGUAGUGAAUCAACAGGAAAAACCUGUGGGAAACAGGAUGAAGGAAGACAAAAGCAGCAUCAGGGAGAUGAUCAGCAAAACCAAGAACAUGGCCAGUGUAAAGACGGAACAGGAGGAGGAGGCAUCUGAGAAGAGUUCACAUCUGAUCCCAAAACAGGUUACACCCCAGACUGUCUCUCAGGGACAGAAAAGCAGUGAGCCUGGCAAAUGUGUGGAGAACAUAAAUGGAAACUCCCGCCCCAAUCCACGUCAGAAAACCAGUGCUGCUAAGAAAUCACAUAAAUGUGAUGAGUGUGGGAAGUCCUUCAAGUAUAAUUCCCGCCUUGUUCAACAUAAAAUUAUGCACACUGGGGAAAAGCGCUAUGAGUGUGAUGAGUGUGGAGGGACAUUCCGGAGCAGCUCGAGCCUUCGGGUCCACAAGCGGAUCCAUACUGGGGAGAAGCCGUACAAGUGUGAGGAGUGUGGGAAAGCCUACAUGUCCUACUCCAGCCUUAUAAACCACAAAAGCACCCAUUCUGGGGAGAAGAACUGUAAGUGUGAUGAGUGUGGAAAAUCCUUCAAUUAUAGCUCUGUUCUGGACCAACACAAAAGGAUCCACACUGGAGAAAAGCCCUAUGAAUGUGGCGAGUGUGGGAAGGCCUUCAGGAACAGCUCUGGCCUCAGGGUCCACAGAAGGAUCCACACAGGGGAGAAGCCCUACGAAUGUGACAUCUGUGGGAAAACCUUCAGUAACAGCUCCGGCCUCAGGGUCCACAAGAGGAUCCACACAGGUGAGAAGCCCUACGAAUGUGAUGAGUGUGGGAAGGCCUUCAUAACUUGCAGAACGCUCCUCAACCAUAAGAGCAUUCACUUUGGAGACAAACCCUAUAAAUGUGAUGAGUGUGAGAAAUCCUUUAAUUAUAGCUCUCUUCUCAUUCAGCAUAAGGUCAUCCACACUGGAGAGAAACCUUAUGAAUGCGAUGACUGUGGGAAGGCCUUCAGGAACAGCUCGGGCCUCAUUGUACAUAAAAGGAUCCACACAGGCGAGAAACCUUACAAGUGUGAUGUCUGUGGCAAAGCGUUCAGCUAUAGCUCAGGCCUCGCAGUCCAUAAAAGCAUUCACCCUGGGAAGAAGGCCCAUGAAUGUAAGGAGUGUGGGAAAUCCUUCAGUUAUAACUCGCUACUUCUUCAGCACAGAACUAUUCAUACUGGAGAGAGACCUUAUGUAUGUGAUGUGUGUGGGAAAACCUUCAGAAACAAUGCAGGUCUCAAAGUCCACAGGAGGCUCCAUACUGGGGAAAAACCAUAUAAGUGUGAUGUGUGUGGGAAAGCGUAUAUCUCACGCUCAAGCCUUAAAAAUCACAAAGGAAUUCACCUUCGGGAGAAGCCCUAUAAAUGUAGCUACUGUGAGAAAUCUUUCAACUACAGCUCUGCCCUUGAACAGCAUAAAAGGAUUCAUACGAGGGAAAAACCCUUUGGGUGCAAUGAGUGUGGAAAAGCUUUCAGGAAUAAUUCCGGCCUUAAGGUACAUAAGCGAAUCCACACUGGGGAGAGGCCUUACAAAUGUGAAGAAUGUGGGAAAGCCUACAUCUCACUCUCGAGCCUUAUAAAUCAUAAAAGUGUACACCCUGGGGAAAAGCCCUUUAAUUGUGAUGAGUGUGAGAAAGCCUUUAUCACAUAUCGAACCCUUAUAAACCACAAAAAAGUUCACCUUGGAGAGAAGCCCUACAAAUGCGAUGUGUGUGAGAAGUCUUUUAACUACACCUCACUCCUUUCUCAACACAAAAGGGUCCACACUAGAGAGAAACCCUAUGAAUGUGACAGGUGUGAGAAGGUCUUCAGAAAUAACUCAAGCCUUAAGGUUCAUAAGAGAAUCCAUACUGGGGAAAAGCCCUAUGAAUGUGAUGUAUGUGGAAAAGCCUACAUCUCACAUUCAAGCCUUAUUAACCAUAAAAGUACCCACCCUGGGAAGACACCCUAUACAUGCGAUGAGUGUGGGAAAGCUUUUUUCUCAAGCAGAACUCUUAUAAGCCAUAAAAGAGUCCAUCUUGGGGAGAAACCUUUCAAGUGUGUUGAGUGUGGGAAAUCUUUCAGUUACAGCUCACUCCUCUCUCAGCACAAGAGGAUCCACACAGGGGAGAAGCCCUAUGUAUGUGAUUGGUGUGGAAAGACCUUCAGGAACUGCUCAGGCCUCACAGUACAUAGAAGGAUCCACACAGGGGAGAAACCCUAUGCAUGUGACGAGUGUGGGAAGGCGUACAUCUCACACUCAAGUCUUAUCAACCAUAAAAGCGUCCACCGUGGAAAGCAACCCUAUAGUUGUGAGUGUGGAAAGUCCUUCAAUUAUAGGUCAGUCCUUGACCAGCACAAAAGAAUUCACACUGGAAGGAAGCCAUACCGGUGUAGUGAGUGUGGUAAGGCUUUUAAUAUCAGAUCAAACCUUACGAAGCAUAGACGAAUCCACACUGAGGAGGAAUCUCUAAGUGUGAUACAUGUGGGAAGCUACAGUGGAGUAUCCCAGAUGAGAACCUACGAGGGAUGGAGUGUUCUGGAUGGGACCAGGAUGAGGAUGCCUCUGUAGUGGGCGGAGCAUGCCAAGUCUCAGAAAGCUCAAUGGAAGAAGAAGCUUAUGAAUGGCACUCCUCCCAUUCAUGAGGACUCCAUCUUCGUGACCUGAUCAGUUCCCAAAGGCCCCGCCUCCAAAUGCCAUCCCAUUGGAAAACAGAUUUCUUUUUUUCUUCUGUUGAGUUGGAGUCUCACUCUG